ACAACCGACCGCUACAUCGAGGAAUAAAUAGCCACUUCAUUCAGUGAUGACUACUCCAGCAAGAAGUGCACCACCUCCACCCAAGCCAGUCCCCAAGCCAGGUCAGGUGAAGGUUUUCCGGGCUCUGUAUCACUACCAGGCUCAGCAUCGCGAUGAGCUGACGUUUAAAGAAGAUGACUUGUUGUAUGUCACAGAUAUGAAAAACAAGGAUUGGUAUACAGCAAGAUGUGGCAAGAAGACGGGUCUGAUCCCAAGCAAUUACAUUGAAGAGAACAUGGAUCGAAUCGACAACCCUCUACACGAAGCUUCCAAAAGAGGAAAUGUUGACUUCUUAAAAGAGUCUCUCGAUAAUCUUGUCUCUGUCAACGGUUUGGAUAAGUCUGGUUCCACGCCCCUUUACUGGGCCUCUCAUGGGGGUCACGUAGAAUGCGUGAAAACCCUGCUGGCCCAGCCCAGAGUGGAAGUCAACUCACAGAACAAGAUCGGUGACACAGCCUUACAUGCCGCAGCAUGGAAAGGUCACGCGGAGGUCGUCCGAAUGUUACUGGCAAAGGGUGCCCGUACAAAUAUAAAGAAUAAAGCAGAUAAAAUAGCACAAGAACUUGCAGCAAAGGACCCAGAAACCGCUGCUCUCCUUGCACCUUACACAUCAAGGUUGGAUGAUGAGGACUACUUAAACGAUGAAGACAGCGAUUAGUUCCAGUAAUAAAUAUACGCAUAUCGGAGCGUCAUUAUCAUUCCAAGGUUUUUCUCUUUUAUCCUGUCGUUGCCGACUCCUAAUGGUGUUUGGCCUCGGUUAAUUUUCCUAAUUAAAGAUAUCAUCUGACAUGUCUCGUCGUCACAUCAACGCGCAACUAAUGUGAACAGUUCCGGCUGUUGACGAUUUAUUUUGUUGACGGGGUGUUUUUUCUUUCUGCGUCAAAUUUAAUGAAGCCCUCUUUAGAAAGUGAGGAGCCUCCCCUUUUUUGGAUGUUGGUUUUUUUCUUCAAAUCUUUGACAAAGCUCUUUUGAGGAUAGAUAUAUCAUCGGCUCUCUAACUUUUACAAAUAAUAUCAUCUGCAACGGCCUUGCACUUUUAGGUUUUUUUGUUUCUGUUUUUUAAGUAUAUCAAAUUUUUUACAAAUCUAAUGUAGAGAUAAAUACAUCAUCAGCUCUCUAACUUUUACCAAGAUCUACAGCGGCCUUGCACUUUUAGAGUUCAGACCACUGCAGUGUGCAUUGUCUUUGCCUGUUAGACAACUGUCUUGAGCAAAUUGAGCCUUCUGAAAUAUGUCUAAUGAUAUUGGGACUACUUCGCAGGGUCUAUUCAUUGGAGAUCACUGAAUAAGCAAAAACAAAAACGUCUAGAAAUGACAUUAUUUAGACACUUCUACAUGUUUCCACUUUUAUCCGAACAAUGGGAUGCUGUUUUUAGAUGAGUGAGCUUGGCUGAAUGGAAUUUGAUAUAGGUAUUCUUCUUGUCUUGCAGACUGUAUUGCAAUCUUCAAUACCAUUCACCAUUAAUGAACCACUGUUUUGUAAGAACUGUCUGGGAGAGAUAACAGGCAUUGAUCAAGAAGGACAGUGCACUCUUGUCGUUGUUGAUUGACUCAAUGUACAAUAUUAGCAUUCUUGCACAAUCUAACUGGGCACUGUUUUCCACUUUGAAAUAUUAGUGUUAUAUAAAUUUGUAUGUUUAUACAUGUGUCAGCCAAGGAAGUUCAUCUUUUAAAGGGCAUGCACAUAAAGGGCACUUCCAUUGACAAAUCUUAAAGUACACGGGAAACUUUUGAUGAGGCACCAAGGCUAAGACCAGGGCUCAAUUUCAUAAAGCUGCUAAGCACAAAAAUUUGCUAAGCAUGAAAUUUCUUCAAAGAUAAAAACAGGAUUACCAACCAAAUUUCAACGUGACUUUCAGGAUAAGCAAAGAACAGCUUACAAUACCAGUAAAAACAAUGCAACAAAUGGAAGUUUGGUUGGUAAUCCUGUUUUUUUUUAUCAAGGAAGAAAUUUCAUGCUAAGCAAAUUGUUGUGCUUAGCAGCUCUAUGAAAUUGGACUCAGGAGGGCACAGACCUUAUCGCACUCGUUACUCAGUAUGGGCAUAUUAGGUUUGGAAUGAGGUGUAUGCUGGUCUAGCAAGCGGUUACGCUAGACCAGCAUACACCUCAUUCAACAAUUAGCGUUCGAGCAAUGGGUAAUUGCGAAAAAAGGUCUAUGGCCUGGGUGGCCUGCAGGUAAUUCAAGGUCUGAUGUGUGUGUACCUUUGUUUGGGGGGAGGGGGGGGGGGGGGUGGUGGCAAGGCUGAAGUUUAAAGGCCACUACUUCCUUGUGUGUUUUGUUUUUGCUUAUUUUUAUUUUUUAUUGUGAGGUUCUAAAGGGCAACUGUUUCGUAGUUUGUUUUAUUGUUGAUAAUUUUGGUUUGCCUCUAGAAUAAUACUCAGUUCAACAGUUUUUCUUCAAGAUUGAUAUUGCAAUGAGGGGACAGUAGAGGGGGGUGUGUAUACUGUAUGGCCAUUUCUGAAUUUACAGCUUAGGCAGUGGCUAGGGCUGGAUCCUUCAAUGCUGUCUCUGCCGUAGCCUUAGCCAAUGCAGCUUCAUAUUGAUGUUUCUUGUAGUUGCCAAAGAAAUUGAUGAUUUUCUUUCUUAAAAAGGGGACCAUUGUUACCCCGACAUGUAGAUGCAUAGGCACUGUCUUACUUUCACCUAAGCUAUCUUAAACCAAGGUAUUUAAACCCAUGCCUGUUACUUCAUGGAGGCAACAAAGACGAUUGUCUCAAUGCCCCUGGUCAAUGCCUUGGUGCCCUUGAAAUGCUACAGUAG